AUACUUCUGAUGAAGUGCUUCCGGUGGUUUGACGACGGAGAUUAAAGCAACGGAAGUUAGCAGCUGAUGUUAGCGGCGUUUCAGUGAAAGCGAAUAACUGGAUUUAAGAGUUUGUUGUUGUUAAAAGAAACGUCAACAUGUCGGACGAAAGGGCUGAGAGAUCAGAUGGGAAAAUGGUGAAGAUGGAAAUUGACUACAGCGCGACUGUAGACCAGCGGCUGCCCGAGUGCGAGAAAUUAGCUAAAGAAGGGCGGCUUCAGGAAGCUGUCGAGAAUCUUCUGUCUCUGGAGAAGCAAACCAGGACGGCUUCGGACAUGGUGUCCACAUCCAGGAUCUUGGUGGCCAUCGUGCAGAUGUGCUACGAGGCAAAAGACUGGGACGCUCUCAACGAGAACAUCAUGUUGUUAUCGAAGAGGCGCAGUCAGCUGAAGCAGGCUGUGGCCAAGAUGGUGCAGGAGUGUUACAAGUACGUGGACACUGCCAGUGACCUGACUGUCAAACUGAGGCUCAUCGACACUCUCAGAACCGUUACUGCCGGAAAGAUUUAUGUUGAGAUCGAGCGUGCGAGACUCACGAAGACGCUGGCCGGCAUUAAAGAGCAGAGCGGUGAGAUUAAAGAAGCUGCGUCCAUUCUGCAGGAGCUGCAGGUGGAAACGUACGGCUCUAUGGAGAAGAAAGAGAAGGUGGAGUUCAUCUUGGAGCAGAUGAGGCUGUGUAUAGCUGUUAAAGACUACAUCCGAACCCAGAUCAUCAGCAAGAAGAUCAACACCAAAUUCUUUAAGGAGGAAGGCACUGAGGAGUCGAAACUGAAGUACUACAAUCUGAUGAUUCAAGUGGAUCAGCAUGAAGGCUCUUACCUCUCCAUAUGCAAACACUACCGGGCCAUUUACGACACCCCCUGCAUCCUGGAGGACAGCUCCAAGUGGCAGCAGGCCCUGAAGAGUGUGGUGCUCUACGUGGUUCUGUCUCCGUACGACAACGAACAGUCCGAUCUGGUCCAUCGGAUCAGCACAGACAAGAAACUGGAAGAAAUUCCUAAAUACAAGGACCUCCUGAAGCAGUUCACUACCAUGGAGCUGAUGCGCUGGUCCUCACUGGUGGAGGAUUAUGGGAAAGAGCUACGUGAUGGCUCUCCUGACAGCCCUGCCACUGACGUCUUCACCCACACCGAGGAGGGAGAAAAGAGAUGGCAGGACCUGAAAAACCGAGUGGUAGAGCAUAACAUAAGAAUUAUGGCUAAGUAUUACACACGAAUCAUGAUGAAAAGGAUGGCUGACCUUCUCGACCUUUCCAUCGAUGAGUCCGAGGCGUUCCUGUCUAAUCUGGUGGUGAACAAGACCAUCUACGCCAAAGUGGACCGUCUGGCAGGCAUCAUCAACUUCCAGAGGCCCAAAGACCCCAACGACUUGCUGAACGACUGGUCCCAUAAACUCAACUCCCUCAUGUCUCUCGUCAACAAAACCACACACCUCAUCGCCAAGGAGGAAAUGAUCCAUAACCUGCAGUAACCGCUGUCUUCAGCUCGGGAUCAGAUUAUACAGCUGGCUCAGUUGGACAGAAUUUCUUUUUUGCAGUAAAAAAAAAAAAAACCCACUUUGUUAGGAAUCUCUGUCAGUAAAAAACAUGAUCUUUAUUCCCACAUCCUUUGGCUGUUGCUUCAUUGGUAUUGGGUUUGUUGUUUAGACAGUCUGGACUCGUCUUCACUGUAAACUGCUGAUCAGAGGGAAUGUAGACAAAUCUGAUCUCGGAUGUUUGGUUUUCCGAGUGCAGGUAAAACCAGGGUCGUGGUAUUGGUACAGGAAUAAUAAAAUGUUUGGAAAAUGACAGAAAUCUGCAUUGCUGUAUACAAUUGAUGGUCCAUGGCUAAUAACUUUUUUUUUUUUUUUUUGAGUGUUUUGCAAAGUACACAUUAAAUCGUUCUUUUGAAGACGGUGUUUAUUUCUUUGUAACUUUACAAAAAAUUUUCUUGCUUAUGUACAGCUCUACUUUAUUUGGAACAUUCAUGCAGUUAAAUAAUCAGACCAUCAAUAUGGUAAAAUCUCACCGGAGUAAAAUAGACGCUAACUGACACAUUAGCACCAGAAUCACCUUCAGUCUAUCGAUUAAAGUUUCAGUCAGGAUUACAAAUGGAUUACAGGAUUACAAACUUAGUCUUGUACAUUAUACUUAGUCACUGUACUUAGUCUUUGUACAUUUAUUUGCGGUGUAAAAUGUUUUCAGUCUUAAAAAUACCUGGGGCUUUUAACAGUACAUGAUGGGCUUCAAGCCCUCAAAGCCCCAACCUUGCAACGUCACUGAUAUCAGACAUUCAAAAUCCUGGAUGGGCUGCUGUAUGAAACUUGUAUGUGAAUUUAACGUCAGUGUUUUUUUUUUUUUCUUUCUUUCUUUCAGAAAUUGUCACUAGAGGGCACUGAAAUAUAAGUAUUUUAUUCUGGACUGAAAAGUGUUUUUAGGAUUUAUGACUAUCAAUGUCUGCAGCACUUACUGCCAGGCAAGACAUUUUUAUUAAGUAAAAGUAAUCAUUAUUAUUAAGUCAAUUCAUCACACAUUUAUUUUUUAUUUUAGGUUUCAGCUGUAAUGAUUUAGCUCCCUUUUGCUAUUCUAAGAACUUUUUAACCUACUUUCACCUACAUAGUUUUUCAACUAAUUUUUGGAGUGUGGCUGUGGGGUUGAGGUCAAGACCAGGUAGCUUGAGGUAGUUCUUCCACACCAUCCUUGGCAAAAACCUUGCUUUAUGUAAAGGUGGAUUGUUAUGUUGGAACCAGUUUGAGUCUCUUUCUAUCAGUGAAAAGAGAUUGCAAUUAUACAGCGUAUAAAUCAACCUGUACAACCUGAAAUUUAGGGAAAAAAAAACAGAUAUAUGUUUGAUAGUCUGGUGUCCAUAUACAUUUGGUCAAACAGUGACUCAAACAUAUCAUAAAAUUGUUUCUUUUUUUUCUUUUCUUUUUUUUAGGGAAAAGACCCAUUUCACAGUCACAUCAUGCCAGACUGUAUAUCCCUUACACAUAUAUUAUACUUUCUAGAGUGGAAACACGAACCAACAUUAUUAUCGUAUUUAUCUUAUUUAAUAACUUUAGUCUGUGUUUCACUCAAAACCCUCUCCAGUGAUUCUGACUCUGAUUCUGACGGUUUGUACAAUUGUGUUAAGACAAAACGUUCCACAGUAAAAUAAAAUGUGUUUCAUUCUCUC